AUGGGUCAUAAGAACUACCAUCUAGCUUUCGAGCCAGGCAAAGUAAGGCAAGACAAAUAUAAAGAAAGGGAGCAAAAAGAACGAGUUGGAAGCACUGGAGUUAGGAGAUAUAAAAAUGUAGUGCUGAGUUUUAAUCUUGCUUCCAGCCAGCAGUCAUCAGUGGCUAUGGAUACAGUUUCUAUUGAAAAAGAUUUGAUGACGUUGUGGAAGCAGGAACAACAGGGCAACAGUGCAGUCAUUGAAUAUCGCACAUUACUGAAGUGGAGCAGGAGCAGGCGUGUUAGAAGAGUUUUUGCCCAAAACAAGAAAUGCAAGGAUAUAUUUGUAUUUACAUGUGGCGCUAUAUCGACUUGUUGUGGAUUUUCUUCUCAACUGGUUCCUACUGAAAUUCUACAAUUAUAUUUUCGUCGUGCUUUUUCUCCGAAUGUUUUUGCUGAUGCUAUUGAGACAACUACUGUUGGGCUGAUCAAUGCGCUCUUUAUGGACGGGUGA